AUGGAACUCUCCGGUCUAGCUCGGGCAUUGGGUACGCCGAACAAAAAGGCUCGAGGAAGGACCUACAUGCCGUCUGUGGGGAUGAUGCGCCAGCUGGGUGCGCGAGCGUUGGGCCUGAGGCCAACCGCUUCUCGUCAACAACUUCCACUUCCAGACUCUGUCCCUGCGGAAGAUGUUGUCACCGACGCGCCCGACAACCAACCACAGCCCGAGACAAUCGAUCCUUCUCCGAGCAAGGCCACUACGAACACUUCGAUCACGAACCCAUCGAACGAGCAAGAUAGCGGUGGCGAGAAUAACGGCCAGAGGAGUAGGAUAUGCUCGGAAGACCGCACCGUCCAGACCGCCAAUACCGCCAACGAUAACAGCGAGACAGAGCCGACCGACGCAGCGAAUGGCCAUGUCGACGAUACCAUAGAUCUUGCUCAUAUCAAGAAGGAACCAGAGGACGACCACCCACUCCAGGCAAGCUCUACGCCCGCUGACGUCACCGACCAACAAUGGGAGCUUCGCGCAAUUGUAGGGCAUGAGGUAGACCCGGAAGACCCGACUCGUCUCCGGUUGCGCUGCCGCUGGGCGAACACCGAUCCCAAAAACAAUCUUACAUGGGAGCCCGAGUGCAUCAUUCAAGAGGAUGCCCCUGCUAUGUGGAAAUCUUACGUGACAAAACGAAACCCCCGCAAGGACCUGGGCGAGUAUCAGGACUACUGGCAUAUUCUCGGCAUUAAAGGGCAUACUAAGGCGAAGGGGGGCAAGUUCAAAAUGAAGAUCAGCUGGGUAGGCUUUGAGAAGGACGAAACUGUGUCUGAGGACUUCGUCGAGGACAAUAAUGCCGAGUUGCUCAAGGAGUACUGGCAGAGUGUCGGGGGCCGGGAGUCUGCUGUACAGGCCCGUCCUACUCGCAAGCGAAAGAGAGCAAGGGCUUGA